AUGGUCGUAAACACUAGGAGGAAUCCUAGAAGAGAUCAAGAAUUUGAAGAAUCUAGACAUCGGUCGGAAUUAGAGACAGGCAUGGCUGGUUCACUCCCUAUGAAUACUCAGCCACAAAAUGUUUCGAUCGCUCAACAAGAGCAAAAUGGCCUUGGCCAAGAAACGGUCGUCGGCCAUGACCAGGUGUUAGUUGAAGUUAUUACGGAAGCUGUCGGGGGACCAGUCUUGUGGCCGAAUCCGGCCACUUCAUUAGAACUCCAACAACUCAUGCGUGUCAUGGAGACAAUGGCACAAACGAUGGCCACUCAAAAUGCUCAAAUCAAUGAGAGGUUUGAUCGAUGGUUGGGCCAACAAAAUGGCCAAAAUGGGAACCAAGGGGCGCCUAAUGGAGUACUAGCGGCUGGGCCUCAAGUGGAGGCCCAACCAAAUGUCUUUGGAGUAAAUCCGCCCCAACCUAAUCCACCAGCUGAGGGCAACCCAGCCCUAGUAGUUAAUGUUCCGCCGAUGGGCAACAACUUGUAUGUGGCGGUCAACCAAUUCCAAGUGCUCCCGCCAUAUAAUCAAUUCCACCCACAAGCUCACCAAGGAGCUGGAGCCAAUUUUGCUAGGCCUCAUAUCAACCAAUUCACCUAA